GUUAUCGUGAUUGUAAAGCCAGUCCUUUCAGUCAGUCACAUGCAGACAUAAAUACGUUAACAGAAUGCUACACCAGAGGAGCUACAGAGAGGUCGGUGUCCAUCGCACCUCAGGGUGGGUCAGUUCCUCUAGCAGCAACAGUGGACUACAAUUCCUACAUUCCUCAGACAGAAUGUUUCUGUGGGCAGGGAGUAAAGCAACAGAUGGAAGAAAUGAUCGCAGAUCCAUCUACCAGCAGAUCCGUGAGUAUGAGGUCCUGGACAAGAGGAAGACAGUGACGGCUCUGAGGGCUGGAGAGGACCGAGCCAUACUGCUGGGCCUCAGCAUGGUCUUCCUGUCUAUCAUGAUGUACUUUGUCCUGGGAAUCACCAUCCUGCGCUCCUACUCUGACAGCGUGUGGACGGACGAGGCUCGCUGUUCUAUUGUGAACUCCACCAUAGUGUGGGAUGUGAACUGCUCGUACAGCUGUGGAGUCGAGUGCUGGAAGAUUUCCCGUUACCCCUGUCUACAGGUCUAUGUCAGCCUCAACUCCUCAGGAAAGGUGGUGCGACUGUUGCACAACGAGGAGACGCAUGACAGCAAUCCUGAGUGCUUCUACAUCCCAAAGUGCCAUAAGGACUACGCAGCCACACACACCAUAAUUCAGAACAUUUCUGAUCGUCUCCGGUCUCAACAUGUGAUUCAGUGCUUUGCUGACCCUACAGACAGAUCAGACAGCGCCAUCCUGACUCAGAUCUAUGGACGGGUUGCUGUCUUCCACUCCCUGUUCUGGCCAACCUGCAGUCUGAUUGGAGGAACCGUCAUCAUUGCCAUGGUGAAGCUGACUCAGUAUCUGUCCAUCAUGUGUGAGAGACUGAGUCGCAUCAAGAGGUGAUGGGCCACGAGUUAAAAUGGAAGGUCCCUUUUGUAUGGACAAUAGGACAGCUAAAGCUGGCUCAAGGGGACGAGAAAAAAAGAGGAGCUGAGAUCCUUUCUGUCUAAAACAGCUGCACUGCUGAGACUCAAAGACACUAAAAAUCUCAAAGCACUUACAAAGAGAAGCAUAUGUUUUUGGACACAGGGUCAAAUUCAGAUAUGAAGAUGUGAACCCAGUUUGUUAUGCAGCUGGUCACCAGUGUUGGUGGUUGAAGCUAAAUAACAAUCCUUGAUAUGAUAAUGUCAUUUUUGUUGGCCAGUAAUUUUGUAAGGUUUGCACACGUGACAUACUGUAUUAAAAUAAGCUACCUAUUCUGCUCUCUAUGGCUUUGCACAACUAGUUGUGAAAUAUUUUGGAAAUACCACUUUCACAUCUGUGUGCUAAAUACAGUAAAGAGCUACAGUCAGCACACUGUUCAGUUAGCUCAGUUAGCUUAGCUUAGCAGUGAAACAAACUUGACAUAGCUACUCUUGCUCUGUUUAAAAGUAGCAGAAUUACCUUUAAUUUGUUAAAGAGCCCAUAUUCUGCAAAAUCACAGCUUUCUGGUUAUAUGGUUGGGGCAUACAAGAAAUUUCUAGUUGGUUUAAUGUUCAAAAACUUUUUUUUCACAAAGUACAUUGCUGUUGCACCUCUUCUCUGCCUCGGUCUGAAACGCUCCAUUUCAGCCUCUGUCUCUUUAGGCCCCCUCCUCUGUAAGUCCUUGGGACUGGUUGGUCAGCUGGUCUGAUAAAAAGGAGGCAAUAUUGGUCACAUAUUGUAAUUUCAGACUUCUGAGUAUAGGCAGAGAAGAAGCCUCAGCAGAAUCGGCUCUAAUUAGGAAUUAUUGGCAGAUUGCAAAAAACCUAAUUGUUUCAUGCCAAACUAGUGGCUGGGUAAUCAUUAUGCAAAUGUGUGACAUGGUGAUGUAGAUAAGUGAGGGAAGAAAAGCCUGGACUUCCAACAUACUGACUUUGGGGUUUUUUGGGUUUGCUGACCUUUUGCACACACAAAAAAUGUCUUUCUAACAUCGCAAAGAAAGGGCAGGAACCCAAAAAGCAAAAUAUGGGAUCUUUAAUACAUUAUAUUUCGUAAUUUUUCGUUGUUUUUACCUAUUUCCAGUGAUAAGCCAACUUAACAGACUGCUGACUGAAGAGUAAUAUGGACCACACAGACAUCAUAAUAGUGGCAUCAGUUUUCUCACGCAAUAUAAAAAGGCGCAUCAUCUUCUCAACUGCAGCUUAUUACCAAAAAGUGAUUAUUAAGCCAAUACAACAAGAGCUGCUGCUGCUCGAGUGGUCCUGGAGAAAUUUUAACAAGCUUUGCUCUGAUACUUGGAAAUGUGAAUAUUAAAAUGGGUUUGGCUUUAGGGGUUGUUGCCUUAAAACUCACACAAGUGCAAUUUUUGUGCCUUAACUGAAGCCGAUAUCUGUUUGUACAGUUGUAUAGUGUUUUAUUCUUAACUGGCCUGGCCUUCAUUUUUCAUGACUUUUCCCAUCAAACUUUUAGUCUAGGGGUUAUAGGUCUCAUUAGGACCUGGGAGCACAAAGAAGCACCCCAACAACUUUACUUUAAAGCUCAUUUUAAUCACAGUGACAUGACUAAUUUCAGCUGGAAAACCACUGAAAAAUGACUACUGUACCUCUGAAGUCUGAGAAAAUACUAUUGAUGGCGUUGUCUGUUGGGACUUGAGCCACUAUUUUACUUUGCCUGAGUGAGUUUAAAAAAAUUCUGUAUGUUCACCUACGAGGAAGGGUGGGUCUAGCAAGCAAGUCGGAUAUCUGUGAUAAUUGCAAUGCAACCUUGUGCACAUUCAAUUGACUGUACACUGUUAUGCCCGACUAGUACAAAUAUACCAAACUAAACCCAAAUGAUUUCACUAAGUGUAUUGACAGUGUGUAAUUUUAAGGAUUACAAUGUUAUCAGGGUUUUUUGACAAAUGACAAGAAUAGAAUGAUAAAAGAAAUAAUUAGAAAAAAAUGAAGACUUAAAAUAGUAAUAAAAAAAUCAACCAGAUUUGUGAACUAGGGCUUUAUUAGCUUACUAAUACAUGUUUCUGUCUAUUUUGUGGCCACAAAUGAAAGGAAAAUGCAAAGAUUGUCUGUCAGAUAAGAUAACACGAGCUAAUUGCCUUUACCAUAACACCAACCAUCUUACUGUUGUGUAAAUUCACCCUCCAAAGUCCCAUUAUAAGCCAGAAAAACUGUGGUUUAUCUUUGUCUUUUCCAUUUUACAGAGUUUUUUUUCAAGUUAUAUGAUCUCAGAAGAUUCAUUUCAUUUUGAUUUGAUUUAUUGUAAUCGUUCUUUAAGAAACGCCUUUAUAGUAGUUUUCAGUGGCUCUGUGUCUGAAAGGACCAGAGAACAUAAAUCUGUCAUUAGGUCAAUGAAUUCUAGUGGAAAAGCAAACAGUAACCAGCUGAAGCCAUAAGGGUGGAAGAAGAUGGAUAGGAAGGUUUUCCAUUAACACCACUAAAUGUUUUUUUAUUUUUUUGUUUAACACCAGUGUAAGCUCACUCACCAUAUCCAUUACUGUCACUCUCUUCCAUUUCCUUUGUCGUCAUGCUGAAGCUGCAGAUGACUGCAAAUGUUUGUGGCAGCUAUCCAGAUCCUGCACAUGAUUGCAGAGAAUCAAAGGAAAUGGACUCCUAACAGAAAAACCAAUAAAGUCCACUUCCUCAUACUGGGUUUCAUUUAAGAUCAUCACAGCUUUAAACAUUAUGUGAUCGGGUUGAAAUGUUCUUUCCAAACAUGUUUUGCUACAGUAAUGAUUGUACUGCCAAAUAAACACAAAGUGCCUCUUGUAAA